GUGGUUUCGGUGCUGCUGUGGGAGACAGAAGCGGAGUGGCUUUUGAACGCGCAGUGAGGAUAAGCACCGCUGCUCUUUCUCCAGCACGCGCUGUAGAGGAGGAACACACACCACACACCGGGAUUUUUAACAGUGUGUGUGUGUGUGUGUGAGUGUGUGUGUGAGUGUGUGAGUGUGUGUGGCGCGUGAUACCGGAGUGGAUCAGCGUUUCUCCCGGAGUGUGCUGUUGCUGAUUAUCCAGCCACCGCAGUCGGCUCAUUAAGAUUACACAGCGUAAGCAGAAGAGGGAGCAGCUCACCUCAUCAUUCUGGAGCAUUUGACCCUUGGGCGAUCGGCUGUUUACACACUGGAGCAGCAGUGAAUGUUAAACCUCGGGUGGAAAAUCUCCAGUUUAAAUGAACCCUGACACACUGAUACCUGCUCCCAGAGCUGGUUUAAUUAAACCACGCUCUUACUGUGUAUUUAUUUGUUGACUUAAAAUAGUGAAUGGAGGAUUUUUUUUUAUUUUAACUCAUCUGGUUUUUUUUUCCUUCAUAUUUUUUGGCAUGCCUUCAGAAACUUUCAAAAACAAGUCUUUUGUAUGUUGAUGUAGUUUUUUUACUCGGAGACUACCGGAUCUUGGAUUGACUGAAAAUGAUCUACAUGACAUCUAAGAAGCUUCGCGUUCUUAUGCUGAUCUUCUGCCUUGUUUCUUUUGCCACAUUUUUAUUGAGAGAUCCCUCAUUUCUCCUCAGCCCAUUUCAGAACAUCAUUAAUGGGCCAUGUAGGUGCCAUUCCUGUAUUUGGGACCCAGAGGAGGAGGACCCAUGGUUCAGUGAGAGGUUUAACCAGUCCAUUCAUCCUCUGCUGUCCAGGUCGAACAGCAUGCUCAGUGAUGACACGUACAGGUGGUGGCUGUGGCUUCAGGCUGAGAACAGCCCAUCCAACCUGAGUGCAGUGAUGGACAAGUUAUUUCAGCUUAUCCCUGGAGAACAGCACUACAUGGACGCUGGACCUUCCCGAUGCCGUUCAUGCUCCGUGGUGGGAAACUCCGGAAAUCUCCUCUCAUCCCAUUACGGCAAACUAAUAGACUCCAGCGACUUCGUCAUCCGGAUAAACCAGGCUCCGACGCAGGGUUUUGAGCAUGAUGUGGGUUACAGGACCACACACCAUGUGAUGUACCCCGAAAGUGCCAUCGACCUGCAGAACUCCAGCACCAGCCUGCUGCUCAUCCCGUUUAAAAUCCUUGACCUGGAGUGGCUCACCAGCGCCCUGACCUCCGGACACAUCAACUUCACCUACAUGCCGGUCAGGCCACGGAUCACCGCUAACAGAUAUAAUGUGUUGGUGUAUAACCCCUCAUUUAUGAAGUAUGUGUAUGAGGUAUGGUUGGAGAAUCACGGCCGAUAUCCAUCAACCGGCUUCCUCUCCCUCAUCCUCGCUCUGCACAUCUGUGAUCAGGUGAAUGUUUUCGGCUUUGGUGCUGAUCAGAAUGGGAACUGGCACCACUACUGGGAGGAGAACUUGAUGAGCAGCGCAUUCAAGGAGACGGGCGUCCAUAACGCAGACUACGAGUACAAUGUCACACAGCUACUCGCGCAGAAAGGCAAAAUCAGAAUGUUUAAAGGCAUCUAGUCUUCGUCCAGCGGAGAGGAGUAGUUACAGAUGCACAAGAAAUGACCUCGAUAAUGAGCUCCAUUCAGCACACUGUUUAUCCAAAGUGACCUUCGAGUGAAACAGGAAGUGGUCUGAGCUCAGAGCUGAGCAAACACGGGUGAAGGGUUUUGCCCAGCGCUCCUGCACUGACUCUCUAGCAGCACUGAGAUUCGAACUCACAAACUCCUGGGCACUAACAAAUAAUCUUCUUAAAUGACACUUACUUCAUGGUACAUCCUUUUCAUUUUUGUCUCACUCACUUCCAGGUUCUCCGAGUGCUUUAAUAUAUCAAUUCCUGAUUCUCAGAACUCCUUAGUUCUCUCGUCCUCUGUUUUAUCUACCGUUAGUUAUAUCUCCAGUUGUCUGAGUUUCAGUUUUAUUUAUGUUUAAUUACGUCCUGGUUGUCUGGACUUGUGUGAAUCAGAACGUGCUGAGCCUUUAUAUGGAAAACUUCAGACUGUCAGGGAGAGAUCUGAAUUUAAUUUGUCCUCCUGGUUUUCUGGAAUUCCAUUCAGCUUUAUUCAUUUUUAGCCUCCUCUUGGUUCUCAAAUUUCAGGUUUCUUCAUUUUUAGUUAUUUCUGGUUCUCUAGACUUGGGUGAACCCGACCCUGAUGGAACACAGCCUGUAAACAGCAAACUUCAGAGUGACAGAUUGCCAAAGACUUUUAAUCAAUUUUUAGUAACCUCAUGGUUUUCUGGAAUUCCUGGUUCUCAUUUGACAUUUUUGAAAGGUUUAUGAAGUUUUAGUUACUUCCUGGAUGUCUGGACAUAUGUUUUAUCACUUGUUAGUCACUUCUUGCUUCUCACACUUAUUCAUUCAUAGUUACUACCUGGUUCUCAGAUUUCAGCAGUCCUGGUAAUUUCAGUUUGAUGGCCUGUUGUCCCACAUGCUGCUUCAUCCCCAGUAUUCCAGGGAUAGGCUCCGGAUCAACCAUGACCCUAACCAGGCUAAAGCAGCAUCUUAAAGCCUCAAGAUGAAUCAAAUAAUGAUUACCACUUCUCUGAAUUUCAGUUUUAUUAAUUUUAGUCAUUUCCUGGUUCUCUGGGCCUUUGUUUCAUUAAUCGUUAGUUACCUCAUUAUCCUGAAUUUGGUUUUAUUCAUUUUAAGUCACUUCCUGGUUCUCUGGAUUUCAGGUUUUUUAAAUCUUUAGUUAGUUGCUGCUUCUCUGAACUUCUGGACAUGAAAUGUACAGUCUCCCUUUCUCUCUCUCCAUCUGUCUGUCCGUCCAGAACCUUGUUUCCAUGUGCAAAGGAUUAUGGGUAAGAGCAAGUCACAAAUCAUAACACAACUGAAGUAGAAACCACAAAACACAUUUUCUGCUCAUCACAGGCUUCUGGUGUUAAUUAAUCUCAGCCUCAGAGGCUCCGCCCAUGUCCCGCAGGUUGCAGUUUGAUUGGCUGUUCCAUGCACUGUUUUCCAGCACAAUGAAAUCAGUGUGUUUUUACGAUAAGGAUAUAGUCACUGUGUUAAAAAAAAAAAACCUAGCUUGCAAACUAGCGAUCAGAAUAGGACAGACAGAGAGACAGACAGAUUGAGAGAAAGACAGUGAUGUUUUGAGUAUGGUAUAGUAUAGUGUUCAGGCUCCUCUCUUCCUAAGUGCCUUCACUGACACUGUGUUUUAUAAAUCUCACUUUUUACAUGCACUAAAUGAUAAAGUAUUGGAUAUAAAUAAUGGUAUGGUUUGCAGCACUGUGAGAAUGUAAGCUCUUUAAUUUCCCUCCUUUGUACACAGGAUGAAAUAAAGGAUGCUGCCGUAA